AAAAAAAAAAAUAUAUUUAGGUUGGAAAAUGGCAGGCAAACCUGUGUGCUUGUUUUCCUUUCUUCUUUCACUCGACUUCACUUCAGUUCAUUCCGUCAUCACUACAAGCUUUAGUUUGGUUGAGUGAACUCGAAUUAUUCAAUUUCAGCGUCAGCCAAAUCAAUUGAACUGCCCUAUACGCUGCCACGCCCUUUUUCAGUAUCUUCAGCAGUUAGUAUUAGUUUAGGAGUUAUAGAUAGUUAUGGCAAAUACUAAUACUACUACACUUGCUUCCUCUUUACCUCCUUCAUUUUUUCAACGCAACACACGUUCUUCUCCCCAGUUGAGCUUAUCACAAGGGUUGUUUGUCAACCAGAUAACUGGUUCUCAGCUGCAGAUGUACACUAAAGUAUCAUGGUUGGAAAAAUCAUGCCAGUUUAAGCUUAUAAACGGAAGGCCAAAGUUCAAAGGAAGGCUCCAGAACCAACAGAAUGCUCUUUUUGUUGUCUCUGAGGAUCAGUCACAAUACAAUGAGCUUGAAAUAGCUGCUUCAGUGCCAGAAAACAACAAUAAUAUUGCUCAAGACAUCUCUUCUGUUAGCAACCCAUCUUUUCAUUUUUCAGGGAGUGAUGGAAAAUCGGGUUUAAUAUCAUUUUAUAACCGCCCAUACAGAAGAGAUAGUGAGAUUCUUUUAUCUAAUCCAGAGAAGAGUCAAAACAGCGUAUUGUGGUUUGUAGGCCCUGCAGUCCUUGUGGCUUCUUUCAUUUUUCCUUCACUCUAUUUGCGUAAAUUGCUGUCUGUCAUUUUUGAGGACUCUUUGUUAACAGAUUUUCUCAUAUUAUUCUUCACAGAAGCAAUUUUCUAUGGCGGUGUUGCCGUUUUUCUUUUUCUACUGGACCAUUUACGAAGACCCACGCAAUUGGAUACUGCAGCAAAAAAUACUGAUACUCUGCCCCCUCAACUGGGACAGAGAAUCUCUUCUGUUGCUACCUUGGUACUUAGUCUUGUAAUUCCCAUGGUCACUAUGGGUUUUGUCUGGCCAUGGACUGGUCCUGCAGCCUCCGCAACGCUUGCUCCGUACCUUGUUGGCAUUGUUGUCCAAUUUGCGUUUGAGCAGUAUGCUAGAUAUCGGAAAUCACCUUCAUGGUCUGCAAUUCCAUUAAUCUUUCAAGUGUAUAGGCUGCACCAACUAAAUAGAGCCGCACAACUGGUGACAGCUUUAUCGUUUACAGUUAGAGGAGCUGAGUUGACUGCACACAACAUGGCUAUAAACAGCUCUUUGGGUACACUUCUAAAUGUCCUACAAUUUCUUGGUGUGAUUUGCAUCUGGUCCCUGUCAAGCUUCCUCAUGAGAUUUCUACCUUCUACUUCCACAACAAUGCAGUGAAUAAUUUAUUAAGUUUGUUAACAAAGUUAUCUCAUGCAUCAUCGCACCCCCACUUAAACUUUGGGCAGAAUCUGUACAUGUACUUUGGAUUUUUUUGGUGUUAACUCUUGACUCUAAUUGGACAUUUACUAAUCCUCUAACUCGUCUAGAUUAUAAAUGACGUGUUCAGGAAUUUGUAAUUGAGGAUUUUGGACAGUGAAGAAGCAAAUGGAGGAAUCUUUUUAGUUUUACUUCUGCA